UACAGCUGUCUGGUGGCGGAGUUCCACAUGCGGCGCGCCAUCGGCUUCCACUUCGUCCAGAGCUACCUGCCCACCACGCUGAUCGUGGUCAUCUCGUGGGUGUCCUUCUGGAUGGACGUGGACUCCGUGCCGGGGAGGACCACGCUCGGCGUCACCACGCUGCUCACCGUCUCCUCCAAGUCGUCGGGUAUCCAAGCCGGGCUACCGCAGGUGUCCUACGUGAAAGCCAUUGACGUGUGGAUGGGUGCUUGUACAGCCUUCGUCUUCUGCGCGCUUCUGGAGUUCACCUUCGUCAACUACCUGUGGCGGCGGCGGCCACACGCCGACCUCCGCGGAGGCCCCAACGGCAAGUGCCUGCCCACCCAGUGCCCGCAGAUCACGGCCCUCGCCACCACGCCCGCGGAACCCAAGUCGGUGAUCGCGAGUCUCACCGGGCCGACGGCCACGACGCCCCCGCCCGCCACGCCCGCUGACGGGAAGAGCGCUGGCAGCCCCAGCUUCGAGGACCCGACCCAGUUCGCUCGCACCUUCAAGCAGAGCAACAAGGUCAGGGCGAGACAGAUCGACGAGUACUGCCGUGGCAUCUUCCCUCUUCUCUUCAGCUUCUUCAAUAUCUUCUACUGGUGCUACUACUUACUCUAGAACUGCUGUCUCAUGCCGCAGCCUGCCGUCGCCUGCUGGUUGCCUGCUCUUUGCCCCCGCUGUGCACGAAGGACUCAACCACCCUGCGUCAAGGAGUUUAUCGCAUAUUCGCGCUUCGUUGAAUACAGCAUUCAAUGCAUAUCUUCCUUUUGUGCUGCAGUGUUCCGAGGACUCGCCCUGCAGCGCCCUUCAUAGGAGCGGAACUCACACAGGAUACUUCAUUCCUCUGAGCCACGCCCUAGAGACGUUUCUUUUCCGUGCAGGAUCGGUCGGCAGAACGGCCUGCCCCGAAGUCAAAGGCCUGUGCUGAAAGCCUUGUUGCAGGAGGAAAGGCUUGUCUAUUUCCAGCAUCAGUUAAAACAAUGUCGAUAAGUUGAAAGCAAACCCAAAGAUGAAUAAUAUAUCUGAAUUAAAGCUUUGAUGUAGUUAAUAAGAAAACAAACAUAUGGCAUUUUCCUACUUUAGUCUACAAGCACAUUGUGCAGUAAUUGUUUUGCCUUCCUUUCUCUCCAACACUUGACGCUUGUCUAUUUUCCUUUUCUGAUUCUAUUUGUUCAUGUAUAGACUCUAAAGACGUAGACAAAGUGCUGUAUUGCUUUCCUAACAUACCAUAAACUUGCAAAAA